CGCAAUUGCUUUCUGGAUAUAUUGCAUCAUCUGUACGCGCAGUACGUAAUUACCUCUAUGAAUACGGAACUACGAAUAACUAUGCACUGAUGGGCACGGAUUCGUAUUUCCGAUCGAACGUUUGCUUCCAGCAGUACACGGAAAUCAGGCGACCAGCAGCGCGUAACAGCGAACCAACAGUUCGUUGCCCAGUGAUUAAUCGCCGGCAGCACCAAUCUCAUGCUCUUCGUCAGAUUGCGCACUACUUGGACUACGCAGAAGGAUUGGCUGACCAGUUGGUGUGCAGUUUUCCGAAUGCAGUUGAAGAUCUGUUCGAAAUUGUGGCAACCAGUGAAACCGCUGUACCGGAUGUGAAUCUUAUUUCUCUGGAAAAUUGGAACCGCGUAACUUUAUCCGAUCAUGCACUCUCGCUACUGAUGCAAAUAUCGGAAAAUGUAUCGCGUGAGAAAUCACGCUUUCUGGAAGCAGCCAUACGUGUACUGAAAUGCUACGCUGGCGCAUCGACGAGCAUGCUUUCGAAGCCACUCGCAUUCGCAAUGAUGCAGAUACUUGCCAGCGAACAGAAUCAGAUUUGUUUCGCCGAAUUAAACGGCCAUCUACUUAUUGCUCGUGAACUGGAGCGUUCCAUUGUAACAUCGUCAUACGACUGGGCCACACCAAUUUCGGCCCCGCUAAUGCGAAAACUUGCUUCACUUUCGGCACAAGUAGCUGGCAGUGGCGAUCCACAGUCAUCCAGGAUGCCAUCCGAGAUGAAGAUUGAUGGAAUGUUCAAUUAUGCACCGCUUUGUAACGGUGAAUGGUUCGAUAUGACACUCAUCCUUCCCUACCAUAUCGUUUUGCAUGAAAUCCAGAUUCGACCUCACAUACCUGCGCUUAACACAGCGCCAGCAGCUGUGCAGGUUGAGCUAUGCUCGGAAACAUCUCUUUCACAGUGGUGUAACCUCGGUGCACCACUCAGUACCACUGGAUUUUGCAAAAUCCGCAUCUCAACCGUUUCAUAUAAACUUCCUGUGAUCGCUGUACGCUUGUAUUUGAAGAAGCCACCGGAUUCAACGACUUUAUCGCUGUCUCAAAUACUGCUUUUGGGAAUGAAUUCCACUUCCGCUUUUGCGAAUGUAUGCCCAAAGAACACCGAUUUUGUGCAGUGGCUUUCCAUAAUGGUGGAGCUUUGUAAUCUGAAGAACUAUUGCAUUUGGGAAUAUGCACCGGAACUUCCGGGGGCUGUUGUUGCGCUUUUCCUGGGGCGACCCCUAUCCGGGCUGGUUUAUUCCCGAAUCUCACAGCUACUCUGUCAAAUUGACAGUGAAGAGGCAAAGCCAAAUUCGGUCGUCGAACUGAUUUUCCUCUACAUUGAUCGAGGAAACAGUGUAACGAACGAAUCACUGGAAUGGCUACCGGAUCUACUCUUCAGACUUUGUGCUGAAAAGUUGUCACCUUGGACCUCUGAUCCGGAGAAGCAACACAAGAAUUGUGUAAUCAAGCAGUGUCAAAUGCUUCUUGGGCUCACUACAGUGAUUGCUCCCCAGAAUAAGAACAAAUCACUUCGGGAUGUGCUUGCUGUUCUACUUUGGACAACAUCCUGUAUUCUUUGGCAUAAUAUGAACGUAAUAGAACGCCGCUCUGACACCCUGGCAAUGUGUACAGAUUUGGCACCUCCGUUGCUUCCGUCAGUACGCUUGUAUUUGAAGAAGCCACCGGAUUCAACGACUUUAUCGCUGUCUCAGAUACUGCUUUUGGGAAUGAAUUCCACUUCCGCCUUCGCGAAUGUAUGCCCAAAGAAUACCGAUUUUGUGCAGUGGCUUUCCAUAAUGGUGGAGCUUUGUAAUCUGAAGAACUAUUGCAUUUGGGAAUAUGCACCGGAACUUCCGGGGGCUGUUGUUGCGCUUUUCCUGGGGCGACCCCUAUCCGGGCUGGUUUAUUCCCGAAUCUCACAGCUACUCUGUCAAAUUGACAGUGAAGAGGCAAAGCCAAAUUCGGUCGUCGAACUGAUUUUCCUCUACAUUGAUCGAGGAAACAGUGUAACGAACGAAUCACUGGAAUGGCUACCGGAUCUGCUCUUCAGACUUUGUGCUGAAAAGUUGUCGCCUUGGACCUCUGAUCCGGAGAAGCAGCAUAAGAACUGUGUCAUCAAGCAGUGUCAAAUGCUUCUUGGACUCACCACAGUGAUUGCUCCCCAGAAUAAGAACAAAUCACUUCGGGUUCGUUAUUUUUUUCGAAUUUUUGUGUGUCUUGUUUCGUCAUUUUGCCGGCAUAUCUUUUUAUAGUA